AUUCAAUUGGCAAAAGAUUGCCUGAUUAAUAUGAGAAAUAAUAACACUGAAUUUUUGGAUGUCUUUUCAAAGGCCCAAGAUUUUAUGAAGAAGAGAAAUUUACCUUUUGAUUUUGAAAGUUCAAGACUUCAAACAUUACAAUCCAAAAAGGAGAGCUUUAAAAUCAGUGUGUUUUAUGCUGCACUUGAUUUAAUUAUUAUGCAGUUUAGUGAAAGAUUUAACGAUGAAUCGAUAAAAUUUUUGAGUCAAACAUCAUUUUUUACCCCAAAGGGAAUGGCGGAAAAGGCAAUUGUUAAAGAUGAUAUCAAGGAUAUCUGUGAAUUUUAUCAAUUAAAUACAAGUCAAGUUUUUGAGGAAAUGUUGAUGUUUAGAAAUAUUUAUAAAAUGGCUAAAACGGGGGACGUAAUUAUUACUCGUGACCUAGAGGUUAAAGAAGAUUUGUCAGAUUCUGAGAAUUCUUCUUCUGAUGAUGAUAAUAAUUUUGAGAUGAAUGAUUAAGACUGGAGAAACUAUUCAUUUAUUUUACCUUAUCGUCUGCUUAUAAAUUUUUCUGCUUUCCCAAAUUUAACAAUUUUAUAUAAAUAUUUAUUAACUAUUCUUACUACAUCAUGUACUGCCGAAAGGGUCAUGAGUAAAAUUAAACUAAUUAAAACAAGACUUCGUAGUGUCAUGAAAGAUCCAUUUCUUAAUAAUUUAACCAUUUUAUCAAUGGAAAAUAAUUUAUUUAAACAAUUAAAUAUUGAUGAAAUUAUAAAUUCUUUUGCUUUC